AUGGAGAACCAAUGGCAUAGGGUUAAGGGAGGUGGCAGGAGAGUAGAGAAAUGGGACAUUGCAAGAGAUGACAGGAGAAAAUCGUCUCUAGGCUCUAGGUCAUCCUCCUUUUUUGUUACUGAGUUUGGUGAAAAGUGGAAAGCCAAAGAUUUGUUCUUUGAGUUUAAGGUGUUGGGAGAGAUUGAAGAGGUGGUUAUCCCUCCGAGAAGGGAUAAGCAUGGUAGAAGGUUUGGUUUUGUACAAUUCUUUAACGUUAAGGAUGAGGAGAUGAUGGCAACUAAGUUUGACAAUAUUAUUCUUGAAGGAAGAAAAAUCUUUGCAAACUUGCCAAGAUUCAGGAGAGUUAACGGUGCUCGGGGAAAGGUUUUUAAAAAGGAUGCUUUGAAGAUGAAUGAUGUUGUUGUGGGAGCUAAGUAUGUGGCUCGGAAUAAAUCAAACAUGGAAGCAAGAAGGGGUCAUACAUCUUAUGCAGAGAUUCUGCAAAAUAAGCAGGGUGAAGUUGAUUUGAAAUGUGUUAAGAAGCCUUCUAAACAGUUGGUUUUUUCUAUGAGUCAAGAUAAAUCCCGGUAUCUGAAAGCCUUCACAGGUAGGUUAAGGGAGCCUGGGAAUAUGAUAGAUCUUAAAAAGUUGUUUCUGGAAGAAGGGAUCUUUUCGAUUAGGGUUACCAGCUUGGGGCCUAAUUUGUGUCUGUUGGAGGACCUGAUAGGUGGUGAGGUAGAUAUGUUCAUAGAGGAGAGAAGACUGUGGUGGGAGCAAUGGUUCUUUUCGAUAAAACCUUGGGAACCUUCAGAUAUAGAUACAGAAAGAUUGGUCUGGUUGAGGAUUUGGGGAGUCCCAUGCCAUGCAUGGGGCGAUAGUUGCUUUUCAUUAUUAACAGAAUCAAUAGGUGUGUUCAUCAAGAGUGAUGAAAGAACGAAUCUGAAAUCUAGGAUGGAUGAAGCUAGGGUGUGCAUCAGAACCAAAAGUAUGGAAAGAGUAGAGGAAGUGAUUAGUUUAACGAUUGAUGGCAUGUGCUUUGACAUUAGGUUAAUGGAGGAUUAUCACUCGUGUUUUGGAACUGUUGCAACAAAAAGAUUUCUGGGCGAAUCGGAUUCAGAAGCGUCGUUAUCGGAGGAGGAUAAUCUGAACGGUGACGAGGCAGACGGCGUGGAUCAGAAUAGGUCUGUAGAGGAGGACGAUCUCGAGGAAGAUGAAGGAUCGGUGGGAAAGAGACAUCGUAAUAAGUCAAAUCCUUUAGGUGUCAGCCUAGUUGAAACAAAUGAGAAGGUUAAUAGCCAGGCUAGUAACGUAAAGGGUCUUUCUGACCCUUCUGGAACAGGAAAUAUGGAGAGUUUUGAGGGUAAUAAUAAGGUGGCAUUUAAUGCAGAUGUUGAGAAUUGUUCUUUUAGUGUUGUAGGGGGAGUCUUUAGAGCAAGUGGGACCACCGGUUAA